GUGGGUCGACGCGAGCGCGUCAGCACGCAAAGCCGAUGGUCUGUCUGGUUAGUCGUACACGCACAUCGCACAUCGCACCCACUCCAGCCAAGGUUACAGAGUAUAAGGUGAUGGAACGGGUAGACUAUAAAUCCACCGACAUCCGACUCCACCUACAAUUAUUCACAUCGCCAAUCGACCAACCCACCCCCCCCAGACCCCCCUUCCUCCGCAAGACAAGGCAAAAUGCCAACCGUCCUCAUCCUCGGCGCCUCCAUCGCCGGCCUACCCAUCGCGCACGCCCUCCUCAAGAACAAUGCCACUCAACCCAAGAAAACCAAAGUCAUCCUUGUCAACCCCUCGCCCGACUUCUUCUGGAUGAUCGCCGCCCCGCGCAUCCUCACCAAACCCGCCGCCUUCCGGCCGGAGCAGUACCUCAUCCCCAUCGCGCCGGGGUUCGCAGCCUAUCCCGCCGGGGAAUUCGAGUUCGUGGAGGGCGCCGCGACGGCGGUGGACUUUGCGGCCAAGAAGGUGGAUGUUGCGCUUUCGGCCCCGACCACUACCUCAGCAAGUCCAACGGCAGGGACAAGGACAUUGGGGUAUGACUACCUCGUCCUCGCGACGGGGAGUACCACGCCUUCUUCGAUCGCGACGCACACCGAGACUGCGGGGGGGGUGGCGCUGUAUCCGUUCAAGCCCCCUCCUCCCCCUUCGACCACCCCCAACCCUACCCCAGCCUCCCUAGGGGAGUUGAUCAGCAAAGCGCAAAGCAGCAUCCGCAACGCGAAAAGGAUCGUCAUCGGCGGCGCCGGGCCGAUCGGGCUCGAGACGGCCGGCGAACUCGCUGACCUCCCGCACCGACCGUCGGUUACUCUUAUCUCCGCUGCUGAACGCGUGCUCCCGGGGUCAGCUGAGGGCGCGAGCAGGGCGGCGGAGACGCAACUCGCGGCGAAGGGGGUGUAUGUUGUUACCGGGCGCAGGGUUCAGAGUUACUCUCCAAAGGAGGGAGUGGUGAGAUUGGAUAAUGGCGAGACCGUUGAGACGGAGGUCUAUAUCCCGACGACCGGAGUACUCCCUAACAACUCUUAUCUACCGCAGGAGGUGCUGGAUGAGAAGGGGUGGGUGGUAGUCGGCGAGGAGUUGCGCGUCAAGGGGGUGGAGGGGGUCUGGGCGGCGGGGGACAUUACCUCCCAUCCUGCGAGGUUGGCGCAGCGGGCCGGGGAGCAGGCGGGCAUUGUGGCGAAUAAUCUGGUGGUGGAGAUCAAUGGUGCUGGGAGGAGGAAACGCUUUGCGCCGGGCAGGGCGAUGAUGGUUGUGCCGAUUGGGGCGGCGGGGGGCACGGGGGAGUUGUGGUUUGGGUGGGUGCCGUUUGCUUGGUUGGUGAGGUUGGUCAAGGGGGAGGGAUUUUUUUCAUUGCCAAGGCUAAAAGCCUUGUCUUUUCUUGAUUGUCGUGUUCAAAUAAUAAGGGGGGGGUACGGGGGUCUCCCCCCGUAA